GCGGCUCCGCGCUGCAGUGUCGACGGCAGUGGGGGGCUGUGCGGCUGUUGUUGUUGUGGGGGUAAUCGUCGUGUCUGGAGCGCAGCUUGCCUUCUUCCCGGCUCCCAGCCGCCCUGCAGCCAUGGCCUGGCAGCCGAUGGAGAUCAACCCCGAGAUGCUGAACAAAGUGCUGACCCGGCUGGGGGUGGGUCCCGGCUGGCGCUUCGUGGACGUGCUGGGCUUCGAGGAGGAGGCGCUGAGCGCCGUGCCGACCCCCGCCUGCGCACUGCUCCUGCUGUUCCCCCUCACCGAGCAGCAUGAGAACUUCAGGAAACAACAGACUGAGAAAAUAAAGGACCAAGAAAUCAGUUCCAAGGUGUAUUUCCUGAAGCAGUCAGUCAGUAACUCCUGCGGAACAAUUGGUCUGAUACAUGCAGUUGCCAAUAAUAAAGACAAACUGAAGCUUGAUGCGGGGUCUGCCCUGAAGAAGUUUCUUGAUGAAACAGCUGAUCUGUCUCCUGAAGAGAGAGCUAAGCAUUUUGCAAAUAACAAGGCUAUACAAGAAGUCCACAACUCAGUUGCACAAGAAGGACAGUGUCGGGUUGAGGACAACAGUGUGAACUUCCACUUCAUCCUGUUUGUCAAUGUGGAUGGGCAUCUGUAUGAAUUGGAUGGGCGUAUGCCAUUUCCUGUAAACCAUGGCACAAGCUCAGAUGACUUGCUGUUGAAGGAUUCUGCUAAGAUCUGCCGACAAUUCACAGAACGCGAAAAAGGAGAAGUUCGUUUUUCUGCUGUGGCUUUCUGCAAGUCUGCCUGAGACUCUGAGGAGAUGCAAGGAAAGCAGUCUAAUAGCACACCAGUAAAUGCAGUCUAAGCUCCAGUGCUUCAGUACUUGUUAAACACAGCUGUUCUGGUAACUUGUUUCCACUGUUUGCUAUACACAGGAGCAACAUCAGCUGAGCUUAUGCUGAAGGAUAAGCUCAAGUUUUAAUGUGAACAGUUUGGACACAUCAGAUGUCUUCAGACUCUUUUUUCACAUGUUAAUUCAAAAAUGCUUAACAGGGCUUGUUUAAUCUGUAUCAUGUUAAUUGAGCUAUUGGUUGAUAUUUCCUUGUCCUUAAUGAGAAUAAAAUGUUUUGCUGGAAGCCU